AGAGCAGAGCUGAAUCACUACCUUUCCCACAUACUCUAAACUGUUGCCUGCGAAAGAGGAACUGGGGACUUAGACUAAUUCAGGCUGCUUUCAUUCAAAUGUUCCAGAGGGCACACACACAUCCAAACAGACUUCUCUUUGCUUUUCAGAGCUUAUAAGGAGCAGGCAUCUGAAGCUGCACUCUGAAGCUCUAUUCCAGAGAUGUUCCUGAACAAGUUACCUGUUGGUGAAAGCUUCAAAAGGGAUACUUAAGUGACCAAUCCUAUUCAUACUGUGGGCCAGGAGAGGAAAACCAAUAUCUGUUGGAGAAUCUGAAGAGCCAAAUCUCCUGAGCCUAGGCCUACUGCUGUCAGCAUCUCUGAGACCUCUCUCACCUGAGAAUUACCAGGUCUGACAACACUUUCCCUCCAGCCUACAGUGAGGAAUGUCAACAAAGCUACAGAAAACUCACAUUCUGUAGACUUACAAGCUGUGCAGCUGGGCAGGAACCUUACAAUCUCCAUCCUUAGGGAAGGUUCAGAAAUACAGAUAAACGGGGUGAAAACUCAGAUAAGCUGAGCCUGAUAUAUACAAAAGCCUUCAGAUAGUCUCCUCGCAGAAGAGCCCAAUUAAGUCCACAUAAUUAGUCCACACAUCUAGAUUAGGUAUAGGCAAAACGAGCCUUUUCUCCGUCUACGAAAACAGAGCAAAACACUGAUAUAAUACUCUAAAAGAUUCUUGUUCUAAUAACAGUAUUAUAAAGCAGUUUCACCCAUAUUUAUUUUCAUCAGUAUAAAAGUAGGAGUGUGGAAAAUAAAACAUUACUUGUAUUUUUAAAAAUUGAUUAAGAAGCUCUGAUAAAACCUAUUGGAGGGGCGAUUGCUGUGCUGAAGGAUAGAGAGGGUGUUGCAAUUGUCAAAUAGCAUCACCAUUUUCUGCUUGUGUGCUAUUGCCUUAGCUCUGAGAGUGAUUGGUUUUUACCAGAUUGUUAGAACACGUCCAAUAGAUUUAGAGACAGUCUAAGUGACUGUGAAAUGCCUCAAGGGCAGUAGAAAUCAAAUAGAAACACAUACUAACUCAAGUCUUGAGUGAUGAUGGAGGCGCAUUUUAAAUACCAUGGAAAUCUCACUGGGCGUGCCCAUUUUCCCACUCUGGCAACAGAGGUUGAUACCUCUUCAGACAAGUAUUCCAACCUGUACAUGUAUGUGGGCUUAUUCCUGAGCCUCCUGGCCAUUCUCCUCAUCCUGCUUUUCACAAUGCUCCUUCGGCUCAAACAUGUCAUCUCGCCCAUCAACUCUGACAGCACAGAAAGUGUUCCUCAGUUCACAGAUGUAGAGAUGCAGAGUCGAAUCCCCACUCCCUAAAGCCAGGAUGAAGGUGAGCUUUAGUGGAUCUGGGUAAACCCUUAUAUAUGGAUGUCCAGGAGAGCUUGCUUUCUUGCAUGAAGCUUCCCAUGUAGGGAAUCCACAAGUUGUUCAUUUAACAGCAAGCUAUUCAUGUUUUCUUUGUGUUAUUCUUCAUCUUUACUCUGCUUGUGGGCUAUCUAAAACGUUUAAGACUCACUCUGAAAGGAAUAUAGGAAAAGACAGCUGGUUGGGAGGGCUGGUUUCCAUAGUAACCAAACAGUGCCUGGGCCUUGCACAAACCUCAGACCACAGAAAUUCAUGCGCAGUGGUUGUAAGAAGCACAGGGUCCCUGGAAGCUCCAAAAACAAACAAAGAAGAUUUGCUUUUGAAAGAGCUGAUCCUUCAAAGAGGAUAUCCCAAGAAAAGGACAAGUUCUAAUUUAGUGUUUUGAUCCUAGAGAAUCACCUCUAUACAAAGUUAAAUUAUGUCAGAAGUUAAUGGAAGAGAAGCCCUUUCCCUAAACAGCAGUGAUUUGAUCAUCUUAGGCAAUCCGGUUUGUUUCAAAUGAAAGAAGAGAUUUAAAGAAACUGUUUCAGUUUAGAGAGCAAGUUUUCAGAAAGAAGUUUCUAGUAAACAAACUCAUCUAGAGAGAGAAAAAUGUGCAUAUUAUAUCCAUAUUAAUUCUAUUCAUGCAGCUUCUUUGUCUUUUUCUCUCUCCCUCUCACACUCUAGGAUAGAGUUGCACACAAAUAUGACCUUUGUUUAAAAGGUGCCUUUGCAAACAAGACUCAACUGUACUUUAGAGCAGAAAUAAAAUGAUGUUGGUAUUCUGUUGUUGAAUAUGGCUUUGGACAAAACAUUCAAACCUUCUGAGUCCCAGGGUUUUUGUGCUGAAAAAUGAUUAGAGAGCUAUUUAGUCAUCACUGUACUCUUUAGAUCUGAGCAUAAAAAAAAGAGAGAGAGACAAAGGAGGAAAGGACUAAACAACAUCCUCCAACAAAUCCUUAUUGAGAUCAAUGUCCUCAAAUGUCACAUUUGUAUUUCCCAGAAAAUGUUCCUCCCUUCCUGAUCCCUGCCAAAAGAUGAAGUGUUUCACUUAUUACCUAUAAGAGAAUUAUAUUUUGAAAAAUUCCAUUCUCAUAAGUAGCCCUAGUAUGCCAGUAGUGUGGACAGAAUUUAAUUUUUAAAACUAACUUUUCAAAGGGAAACCAAAGAAGAUGAGUACCAUUUACAAAUCAGAAUUUAAAAAACUGGUCAUAUUCUUGCCACCAAAGGACGAGUACACCUGUGUUAAAUUUUACUUGCUAAAACAAAAAAUAAGUUAUCUUUUGCACCUAAAGGGGGGUCAUUAAAUUUCACAGAGUACUCUCUCAGGAACUGUAAUGAUGGUAAGAGAGAAAUCAAAUAGAUGUUAGAUUAAUGCCACCUCCACCAGAAAUGUAGCUCUUUGUAGUCUGUAACCAAUUUAGAUUGGCCCUUUUUCUCUGAUCUAAACUAGAUUGGUAGUGAAAUUCCCAAGUGCUUUCCACUUUUAUACACAGUCAUUUGUCAAUGCUCCUCUCUCCAAGGGGCUGCAAGUGUGAAAUCCCUACAUGCAGAGCUAAACUUAGCAGUAAGACUGACUCUGCCACACCUGUUACAACUGUGCACUGUCAGAGAUGGCAGCUGCACUCUGCACCAUUCAAAACAAAUUAGCAGAUAGGCUAAGACUUGGAUAGGGCAUAUAUUUUUCAAAACUCAAAGUGACUCACAUUAUUACACCUUGAUGGUCUAAGUUGUGUGUUUAUUCAACACCCAGAUUCAGUGGACCCUUUAAAAUUUGAGCUUUGGCAGCCAAACAUGGACUUCCUCAAGACUGGCAACACGCCCCCCCCCCACCCCGAACUUCUUAAGAACACACAUCUUCCCUCAUUCCAGGCUCUCCCUUUUGUGCCCACAGUAUUUGAAUGCACUUUACAUUUGAGAAGUCAGUGGCUGGCUAAAUGAAGGAACUGAUUAUACUUUCAACAGCAGUGAAUAGCAAGAUACAAAAUACCUUGUUGCUGAAUCUAAUAGAGAUACAGACUGAAAAUCUAUUCUCUGCCCAUCUGACCUUCCCAACCCAAAUUUCAGGAGAAUAAAACUUCUUUUUAAGCACUGA